AAAAAAAUGUUCGCUGCUAGAAGCGCUCAAAAUCGCCCGGCGACAACACGCGUGGCGCGUGGUGGUGUUCCGAUGGAGCCGAGGACCGUGGCAAAUUCGUCGAAGCCGCCGUGCGCGGACACAUUGAAGGACCUCAUCAAGCAGCUGCAUCGCAUCUUCGAGGAUGACCACAUCAACGUCGAGUACGUGCACGAGCUCAUGACCUCGUACCGGAGCAACCCCAAGGAAUGGCAGCAGUACGCAAAGUUUGACAGGCACAGAUACACGCGAAACCUUGUCGACGAAGGCAACGGCAAAUUCAACCUGAUGAUCCUUUGCUGGUCUGAAGGACAAGGUAGCAGCAUCCACGACCACGCCGACUCGCACUGCUUCAUGAAGGUUCUGGCCGGUACUCUCAAGGAGGUUCGCUUCGACUGGCCCCAGACCAAGGACGGCGUCGAGGCACCCAUGGCCAAGAAGGGCGACAGCGAGCUGCAGCUCAACAGUGUCGCCUACAUCAACGAUUCCUUGGGCCUGCACAGGGUUGAGAACCCGAGUCACUGCGAACCAGCCGUGAGCCUGCACCUGUACUGCCCUCCCUUCGAUGAGUGCUCCAUGUUUGACCAGCGCACGGGACACCGUUCCAAGAGCAAGGUCACCUUCUGGAGCAAAUACGGGCAGCGCACCCCAUUCGUGAUCACUCCAUCGCAACCGGAACAGUACGAAAACAACUGAACAGUGCUCCAGGCUCGUCCGAGUCACCUCGAGAGAAGAGUGACGCAUCUCGUGCAUUUCCAAGUUGCGGCCGGCUGACAUGCCGUCGCUUUGCAACAUAAUUUUCUUUUUGUCUUUAAUAAAAGCGAAUAGGGAUGUAGCUUUUUUAAGUGUUACGGUGUUACACGCGUGUGAGAGGUACAGAGGUGUCUAUUUUUUGUAUGUCCAGCAGUUGGAAUAGUUGCAAAAGUCUGUGCAAUAUAUUUGGUAGUGCAAUAUGCUGAUAGAAAAUGAGGACUGCGCGGAUAAGUACAUGUUGUUCAUGCCAUGUUUAUACGCUUUCCACUCUGUGUUGUUUUGCAAAACUAAGCUGCGCAAUAAAUGUUUAUUCACGGA